AAGUCGCGGCGAGGAGGACACGAGCGGCGGUGUGGAGGAGAAUUCUCAGCAGCAGCAGUCAGGCUACGUCUCCGGACAGCGCGAGACAGAGGAAGAGGAAGAGCUGGGGGCGGAAGAGGCGGCGGCGCAGGCGGCGCAGUCUCUGCAGAGCGGCGCCGAGGGCGCCGAUCCAGAGGUACACAAGAGGGUUGCUGCCGUGCAGGUGCAGGUGCAGGGUAUGGAGGGCGACUGGCGGACCUACUGCGAGCAUCCGCUCUCGGUAGCGACCGCGGCGAUGCUGAAUCUGCAGCAGCAGCACCAGGUCUCGGCCGUCGCUAGCCAUGGCGACGACCCGGCCGCUUCCUACGUCUACGAGUACUACAAGCUGCCCGAGAAGAGCGCCGCGGAUGUCAAACUGCCACCCACUCACGAGCUCUGGCCCACGGGUGUGAUGGGCCAGAAGCUGCUGGUGCAGGAGGCGCCUGGCUCCGGUUCCGGUUCGACGAAUCGCAUGGAAGGCGGCGAAGGCGCCGGAGGAGGGGAGCUACACCACUUCCUCCAUCAGUACAACCAGCAGUCCCACAGUCCCGGCCAGAGCCUGCAGGGUGGCCUUCAGCUUCCGCUUAGCCCGCCGUCCCUCAGACACGACGGUUCCUCGAGCACCGGCAUCGCCGGAGUUAAAAGGGAACCCGAGGAUUUGAGCUCGUCGAGAGGGGCGCAGCAGUCCAGCAAGAGGCACAAACAGGCGCAGCCCGACAGUCCCACGCCACCGGGGAUGUACCAUCAUCAUCAACAUCAACUACAGGUACAACAGUACGGCAGUCACUACGACCCCUACAGCUCGUGCAGCCCGCGGCUUCCGUCCACGGCGUACACGUCGACCUCGGCGACGGGCGCGGCGAACGCUGGGAACCCGAGCGGACUGCACCAGGAGCCGACGGCGGUCUACGUCACCGGCGACGCUCUGCCACCAUUGGCCUCCUCGAGCUCGUCCUCGUUGUCCACCACGACCGCUUCGUACACGAGGUACGAGGUUGUGCCAAGCUCUUACGCGACGACACACGCGAUACGCUCGUCCUCGAGCAGCAGCAAAGUCCUGACCGUUGAUCUUCCCAGCCCCGACUCCGGCAUCGGCGCGGACGCGGUCACGCCCAGGCAAGAUCAUCACCCGCCCACGGCGCUGCACCAGUCCUCCUUCGACUACACGGAGUUAUGUCCCGGCGGAACAGCUGCAGGAGCCGCUGUGGUCCUAGAGAGCGGCGCGGUGAUACACCACCAGCCGUUGCAGCUGCAACUGCAGCAGAGCCACGCGCAAGCACAGGUGCAACGAGGGACCCUGGUGUCCUCGGCGGCCACCAAUCCGAACCCUAACCCGAAUCCUCCGAGGUCGCGACCUUGGCACGAUUUCGGCAGGCAGAACGACGCGGACAAAAUCCAGAUACCAAAAAUAUUCUCCGCCUAUGGGUUCAAAUACCACCUGGAGUCGCCAAUUAGCACGUCGCAGCGUCGUGAAGACGACAGAAUCACGUACAUUAACAAGGGACAAUUCUACGGGAUCACGCUGGACUAUGUGCCGGACCCGGACAAACCGACUCUAAAAGCUGGACAAACCGUUAAGAGCGUGGUAAUGUUGAUGUUCCGAGAAGAGAAGAGCCCAGAAGACGAGAUUAAGGCGUGGCAGUUCUGGCACGGAAGGCAACAUUCUGUCAAGCAACGUAUUCUCGAUGCUGACACGAAGAACAGCGUGGGACUGGUGGGCUGCAUAGAGGAAGUUGCACACAAUGCGAUCGCCGUUUAUUGGAACCCACUCGAAUCCUCGGCGAAGAUCAACGUAGCGGUGCAGUGUCUCAGCACUGAUUUUUCCAGUCAAAAAGGCGUAAAAGGUUUGCCUCUGCACAUCCAGGUGGACACGUACGAGGAACCGCCACCGCACACCCACACGUACACACCACCCUCGCAUCGUGGCUAUUGCCAGAUCAAGGUGUUCUGCGAUAAGGGAGCUGAAAGGAAGACUCGCGACGAGGAGAGGAGAGCAGCGAAGAGAAAGAUGACGGCCACCGGUAGGAAAAAGCUCGACGAGCUCUACCAUUCUGUUACGGAACGUAGCGAAUUUUACUCCAUGGUCGAUCUUCACAAACCUCCCGUCCUCUUCUCACCACCGGCGGAACACACCAUAGACAAGUUCUCGACGAUGGAGUUGUCGGGCUUCUACGGAGGUGGCGGCGGGGGCGGUGGCGAUACAGACACAUCGUCCCUGAGUAAUGGCGAGGGCGGAGGAUUGAAGGCAGGGGGCAGCAGCCCUUAUCCGGCCUGCGGCAGACCCAGCUUGCCGGCCCUCAAGUUCCACAACCACUUUCCGCCCGACAAUCUGACUAGCCUGCACGACAAGAAGGACUCCUUGCUGAUGCAGGUACAGGAGCUGCAAGGCUCGGUGCUGCAGGGAGUGCAACAGGCUGGCCUGGCCGGGACCGUGGUCUCCGGAGUCGGGAAUCGGCUGCAUCUGCAGCAGCAGCCGCCGCAUCUGCGCCAAGCCGACGCCGAGGAACGAGUGAUGCUGUACGUCCGCCAGGAGUCCGAGGACGUGUACACGCCGCUGCACGUCACGCCGCCGACCGUUCAGGGACUGUUGAACGCUAUUGAGUCAAAGUACAAAAUUGCAUCCUCGAGUAUUAAUAACCUCUAUCGCAAAAACACAAAGGGAAUUACAGCGAAAAUUGACGACGACAUGAUCCGAUACUACGUGGACGAGGAUCUGUUCCUCCUGGAGGUGACCCACUCUAGAGUAAACCCGGACCCGAGCAACGAGCGCAACCCGGCCAACCCUGGCUCACCGGGUGACCCAGGCGACCCCGGAGAUCCACCUGCCACUGCUGGAUACGACGUCACCCUGAUCGAGCUACCCUCGUCCCCGGCUCACAUAGCUCACUCGCCCCUCACGAAUUCCGCGCACGGCCAUGCGCACGUUCACGAGAGCGGCAACACGUGAACAACGACCGUGCCAUUGCAAGCACAAGUAGAGGAAGAAAGCGAUACGAAAGUGUAAUGCUGUACGUGGCUUUCGUUCG